AUGACUAGCAAAUGGUCUGUUCUCUUGAUGUACCAGACGCUGAUACCCGUUGCGCGGAUGAAGCUGGCCGUCCGAGUCGUGGGUACCUUCAUCGUCUUGUUUGCAACCGGUGGAAUCCUAGAGGCCUUUCUGAUUUGUAGGCCCUACGCCAAGAACUACUACGUCAAUCUGGAGGGCACUUGUGGGAACGUCAGGACCGAUCUCGUCAUUCUCCUGCUGCCCAUACCCUUCCUCUACAAGCUGCAGAUGCCGCUGAGGAAGAGACUGGGGUUGAUUGGCAUGUUCAUGGUUGGCGUCUUAACCUGCGUGGUAACCCUCUACCGCCAGACCACUCUAGGUAACCUGGACCUCACGGACAUAACCGCAAGCGGACUGCUCGCCUUCCUCGCCUCCACGAUCGAGAUCGCCGUCGCCAUCUGCAUAGCCUGCUUGCCCUUCCUCCGAGCACUAUGGGGCUCGUUAUCAAGCCAGCGUGGUGGCUCGUCCAACAAUUACGACUCCUGCGGAUCAAAAGGCCUCAAAAACGGUAGGAGGACCUUGAAGAGCGAUGGGUUCGGGCACCUUCCUGACGACUCCUCCGAGAUCAGGCUCCAGCCCAUGGGGCCAAAUAACAGGAGGCUCGUGUAG